AGGGAGGGGCCCGCGUCCGCCGGGCUCCGGAAGUGAGUUUUCGCCUCUGCCAGUGGGCCAUGGAGACGGUGGCUCUGUAGUGUCUGUGGAGUAAGGAUUGCAAGGGUGGCGGCCAUGGAGGCCGUACUGAACGAGCUGGUGUCUGUGGACGACCUGCUGAAGUUUGAAAAAAAGUUUCAGUCUGAGAAGGCAGCAGGCUCAGUGUCCAAAAGCACUCAGUUUGAGUACGCCUGGUGCCUGGUGCGCAGCAAGUACAAUGAUGACAUCCGGAAAGGCAUCACACUGCUCGAGGAGCUGCUGCUCAAAGGGAGCAAAGAAGAGCAGCGGGAUUAUGUCUUCUACCUGGCUGUGGGGAACUACCGACUCAAGGAGUACGAAAAGGCCCUAAAGUACGUGCGAGGGCUUUUGCAGACAGAGCCCCAGAACACCCAGGCCAAGGAACUGGAACGGCUCAUUGACAAAGCCAUGAAGAAAGAUGGACUGGUGGGCAUGGCCAUUGUUGGAGGCAUGGCCCUGGGCGUGGCGGGACUGGCUGGACUCAUCGGACUUGCUGUAUCCAAGUCCAAAUCCUGAACGAGACUACACCUCCUCUGCCCAGAGGAAAGAGCCUGGCCCCGGCCCACAGGAAACAAGGCAGCCUGCCCAAGCUUCGGGGCUAAGCCUGGUGGUUCCUUGAAGAGGAGCUCAUCCUAGCUGUCCCCUCCCUGUUCUUCCCCUGCACCCCAGCACUGUCUUCUGUGUCCUUCAACCUCUUCUCCCCUGGACCUUUCCUUUUGCCCCAGAUCACGUGCUUUGGGAUGAGUGUCAAUAAAACUGGGCUUUAGCCUGAGAA